AUGGUAAACACAUGGCACUUCUGCAGAGCGCGCGCAGCUGCACCGCACGCGCACGUGGCCCCGGUGCCGCGAGCGUCAAAGAGCGCUGCAAGUGUUGAGAGCGCGAGACACGGACAAACAACAACAACAAAGGACGCGCCCAGUGUGACAGCUGCACUGACCGGGACCGGAGAGAGACCGGGACUUGCGCGCACGGACUCCAAAGGACAUAAAAGUGAAUUAAACAAUGUGAACGGAGAAGCGCACCGGGACGCGCGUGCACGACGAACUGUGCGUGUGAGAGACCCACACUGCGAGGGUCCCGAGGAGUCCACGACUAUAUCCUCAGACCCUCAGACUUCUUGGACCCCUGAGACCCUCAGAUCCUCACAGCGCCCCCUGAUGGCCGAGCUGGUCGCUCCGGACCUCCGCCUCCCCCCUCCUCUUCGGGCCCCAGGGCCCCUGGACAUGGAGUACGUGAACGACUUUGACCUGAUGAAGUUUGAGGUGAAGAAGGAGACCCCUGAGGCCCCGCUGUGCCAGAGGGGGGGGCAGGGAGGGGGCUCCUUGUCCAGUACCCCCCUGAGUACCCCCUGCUCCUCUGUGCCCUCAUCCCCCAGCUUCUGUACGCCCAGCCCCCAGCAUGGGACCCCAGGGGCCGGUGUGGGCCCCGGGCCUGCCAAGGGCCACGAGGACGUCUACUGGGUGGGGGGGUACCAGCCUCACCCCGGUCCGGACCCUCUGAGUCUGACUCCUGAGGAUGCGGUGGAGGCUCUGAUCGGCUCCAACCCUCAUCACUACGACUUCAGAGGAACGUACGAAGAGCACCAUCAUCAUCAUCACCUCAGCCAACUGCACAGCCAAGUACAGGUCCAUGGGCGCUUGGAGGACCGCUUCUCUGAUGACCAGCUCGUCUCCAUGACAGUGCGGGAGUUGAACCGGCAGCUCCGCGGCUUCUCGAAGGAGGACGUGAUCCGCCUGAAGCAGAAGCGCCGCACACUGAAGAACCGCGGCUACGCUCAGUCGUGUCGUUUCAAACGAGUCCAACAGCGCCACCUGCUGGAGAGCGAGAAGACCUCACUGCAAAAUCAGGUCUCCCAGCUCCAGCAAGACCUGCUCCGGAUCAGCAAAGAGCGAGACCUCUACAAGGACAAGUACGAGAGGCUGAGCCGAGACCUGGUCCACAGCCAGACCCAAAGCCAGACCGGUCCAGACCAGAACAGCGCUGUAUUUAAACCACAAACCCUCGUCUCCGCGUGCACGCGCUCAGCCAGUGUCAGUGCGCGCUCCCGCUCGGCUCUAAAUCCUCCACAGGGUUUUGGGAAAAGCCGAGUCCAGAUAACCGGCUCAGAGGAGGCAGGCUCCCGGGGGUCUCAGGUCUCACCCCCCUCUCCCCCCUCUCCCCCCUCAGCUCCAUACUCGUUAGGAGACGAGGAGAGAGGAGAGAGGAGGCGAGGAGAGAGGAGAGAGGAGAGAGGAGGCGAGGACAGAGGAGACGAGGAGAGAGGGAGAGAGGAGAGAGGAGGAGAGGAGAGAGGAGAGAGGAGAGAGGAGAGAGGAGGAGAGGAGAGAGGAGAGAGGAGGGAGGAGAGGAGGAGAGAGAGGAGGAGAGGAGAGAGAGGAGAGAGGAGAGAGGAGAGAGGAGAGAGGAGAGAGGAGAGAGGAGAGAGGAGAGAGGAGAGAGGAGGAGAGGAGAGAGGAGAGAGGAGAGAGGAGGCGAGGAGAGAGGAGGAGAGGAGAGAGGAGGCGAGGAGAGAGGAGGAGAGGAGAGAGGAGGCGAGGAGAGAGGAGGCGAGGAGAGAGGAGAGAGGUGACGAGGACAGAGGAGACGAGGAGAGAGGAGGCGAGGAGAGAGGAGGAGAGGAGAGAGGAGGCGAGGAGAGAGGAGGCGAGGAGAGAGGAGAUGAGGACAGAGGAGACGAGGAGAGAGGAGGAGAGGAGAGAGGAGAGAGGAGGAGAGGAGAGAGGAGAGAGGAGGCGAGGAGAGAGGAGAGAGGUGACGAGGACAGAGGAGACGAGGAGAGAGGAGAGAGGAGGAGAGGAGAGAGGAGAGAGGAGGAGAGGAGAGAGGAGGCGAGGAGAGGAGGAGAGGAGGAGAGGAGAGAGGGAGAGAGGAGGAGAGGAGAGAGGAGAGAGGAGAGAGGAGGAGAGGAGAGAGGAGGCGAGGAGAGAGGAGGCGAGGAGAGAGGAGGCGAGGAGAGAGGAGGCGAGGAGAGAGGAGGCGAGGAGAGAGGAGAUGAGGACAGAGGAGACGAGGAGAGAGGAGGAGAGGAGAGAGGAGAGAGGAGAGAGGAGGAGAGGAGAGAGGAGAGAGGAGGCGAGGAGAGAGAGAGGAGGAGAGGAGGAGAGGAGAGAGGAGAGAGGAGAGAGGAGGAGAGGAGAGAGGAGAGAGGAGAGAGGAGAGAGGAGGAGAGGAGAGGGGAGGCGAGGAGAGAGGAGGAGAGGAGAGAGGAGGCGAGGAGAGAGGAGGCGAGGAGAGAGGAGAGAGGUGACGAGGACAGAGGAGACGAGGAGAGAGGAGGCGAGGAGAGAGGAGGAGAGGAGAGAGGAGGCGAGGAGAGAGGAGAGAGGAGGCGAGGAGAGAGGAGAUGA